AUGGAACCUAGGAAUUUCACAGGAAUUAUAGAAUUUCUUCUUAUAGGAUUUUCACAAGAGUCAGAUCCACAAUCCCUCAUAUUUGGGCUCUUCCUGUCCAUGUACCUGAUCACCGUGCUGGGGAACCUGCUUAUCAUCUUGGCCGUCAGCUCCGACCCCCACCUCCACACGCCCAUGUACUUCUUCCUGUCCAACCUGUCCCUUGCGGACAUUUGCUUCACUUCCACCACCGUGCCCAAAAUGCUGCAGAACAUCCAGACACAGAGUAAAUCCAUCACCUAUAAUAGUUGUAUCAUCCAGAUGUCUUUUUUCCUCCUGUUUGCUGGAGUGGACAAUUUCCUCCUGACCGUGAUGGCCUAUGACCGUUAUGUGGCCAUCUAUCACCCUCUGCACUACACAGUCAUCAUGAACCCGCAACUCUGUGCACUUCUGGUUCUUGGUUGCUGGGUCACGAGUGCUCUGCAUUCUUUGUUAGAAACCUUGAUGGUUCUGCAGCUGUCAUUCUGCACAGAUCUGGAAAUCCCCCACUUCUUCUGUGACAUCAAAUAUAUGCUCCAGAUUGCCUGUUCCGACACUUUUCUAAAUACUGUGGUGAUGUACAUAUUAACGGUGCUGCUGGGAGGUGUUCCCCUCUCCAGCAUCCUUUACUCCUAUUCAAAGAUUGUUUCCUCCAUCCAGAGAAUCUCCUCUGCUCAGGGCAAGUAUAAAGCCUUUUCCACCUGUGCGUCUCACCUCUCCGUGGUCUCCUUGUUUUACUGCUCAGCCAUUGGCGUGUACCUGAGCUCUACUGGUGCCCACAGCUCACACUCCAUUGCACGAGCCUCAGUGAUGUACAUGGUGGUCACCCCCAUGCUGAACCCCUUCAUCUACAGUUUGAGGAACAAAGACUUAAAGGGGGCACUGAGAAAUGUAUUUGGGACAAAAAACAAAAAAGGCCAGUUGUCCUGGGGCUGA